CAAAACUGGGCCCUAAAAAGUUUUGUUUACAAGUGAAAAAUUGAGUGAAUCAGAUAUUCUAUAAGUUUUAUAGGACACAGAGUUAUUUGAGGCUCACAAUGGGAUUCAUUCAAAGUAUGACUAUAUCAUACAAUUAUAGGGCAUUAUUUACAUGGUUCACAACAGUUGUCUUCCUGAUUUUGCUGUGUCUGCGUCUGGAAGGAAAAAUUAACUGGAACUACUUCUUAAUCUUCAUAACGUUUUGGUUCUACGAUCUGAUUUUAAUAAUUUGGGUGAUUUUAGAGCUAAUUAAGAGACAUCAGCAUUAUAGAGUUAUUGAUUCCUUUAAAAAGUACCAAUACUAUAUCUACGGAAUCUUAUUAAAAAUCUGCUCACAAAUAUCAAUUUGCCUGAAACUAGACUACAACGUUUUCAAACUUUAUAUCAUGAUGAUUCCAGUUUGGCUUCUUCUCGUCCAAUUAAUAAUUUAUGUAGGACUUAAUCUCAUCCCAAGCAAGCAGUCAUCAUCGUUGGUCCGUCAAGCUCAUGUGACACGAUUGCAACCACCCAGCAAUUCUGUAGCUUCCUGAUCUUGAGUAGAAUAUUCACGUUUGGAUGGAUUCGAGAUGAUAAAUGGCACUUUAGAGCUGUUGGACUAAGAGAACUGAAAUAGAAAUGUAUAUCUAGGGGUCGUUCACUUAUUAUGACAGGGUGGGGUCUGAAAUAAAUAACAAUAUAACAACCCAGUAGCUGAAAAACAAAAUUAUAUGCUGAAUAUCAAGUAACAGAACAAAGAAAGAUUUUUUUUAAAUAUUUUUAUUUAAAUUUUCAUCCGUUUAAAUUUUCAUCGAUUUUCUUGACUUUUUUUGCAUUUCACCUUUUUAUCUACAUUUAAAACCAUAUAAUUAAUGUUCUUCAUCAUUUUUAUAUCGUUUAACAAUAGAAUUUUUCAAUUUAUAUUUUUUUUUUCGAUUUUGUUUUAAUUGUUUCAAAAAAUUAAUUUUCAUUAUUAAUUCAUUAAUUCAUGGGUAUUUUUUUCUGGUGAGUGUUUUUCCCUUUUCUUUUUUUGGGAAAUUUAAUCUUAAUUUUUUUUUCAUAUAAGAAAAAGGGGAAAUAAGAAAGAAACUGAUUUUUUUACUUCAACCUUAAAAGUUUUUGUUAAAUAUGCAAUUUGAAUAUAAUUACUAAUGACGAUAAGUAACUAUUACUUUUUUUACUUAAAGUUGACCCGAGGCCUAUAAAUCGCUUUCGAGGCAUUUCUGUUUUUUAUUCUUUUUUUUCACGAUGCAUAAUUAUAAACUUUUUUUUUGCUUUUUUUUUAAAUUCAACAACUA